GCUUCUCCUCCCUUUCCUCCAGCAACUGCAGCACAGUCCUCAGCAGACAGAGAAAUGAGAAAAAUACCAAAUAAUGGAAACCUGAAGAUGACAAAGGUGGUGUACCCCCUGGGGCUGUUCAUUUGCCUGUUCAUCUAUGUCGCCUACAUCAAGUGGCACUGGGCCUCUGCCACCCAGGCCUUUUUCAGCAUCACAGAGGUGGCAUCGGGGGCCCGGAGGGGCCAGCAGGCUCACAGUCCCCCAGGGACAGCUGCACGUGGUCACGAGGUUUUCUACGGUAUCAUGUUUGAUGCAGGAAGCACUGGCACCCGCGUCCAUAUCUUCCAAUUUGCCCGGCAACCUGGAGAAACUCCCACUUUGACCCAUGAGACGUUCAAAGCACUGAAGCCAGGUCUUUCUGCUUAUGCUGAUGAUGUUGAAAAGAGCACUUCAGGAAUUCAGGAAUUACUGGAUGUUGCUAAACAAGACGUUCCUUUUGACUUCUGGAAGGCCACCCCCUUGGUGCUCAAGGCCACAGCUGGUUUACGUCUGUUACCAGGAGAAAAAGCUCAAAAGUUACUGCAAAAGGUGAAAGAAGUGUUUAAGGCAUCGCCCUUCCUUGUAGGAGAUGACUGUGUUUCCAUCAUGAACGGAACAGAUGAAGCAUCUCAGGUGAUUCACGUGCCGUCUGUGACCCUCUCUUGUAGGCGUUUCAGCGUGGAUCACUGUCAACUUUCUAACAGUUUGAAAACCCCAGGAAGGAGCAGUGUGGGCAUGCUGGAUUUGGGCGGAGGAUCCACUCAGAUCACCUUCCUUCCAAGACUUGAGGAUACCCUCCAGACCUCCCCGCCUGGCUACCUGACGUCACUCCAGAUGUUUAAUCGGACCUACAAGCUCUAUUCUUACAGCUACCUGGGGCUCGGUUUGAUGUCGGCGCGGCUGGCGAUUCUGGGUGGCAUGGAGGGGAAACCUGGUGAGUGGAAUGAGAGUUCAGAGCCCUCCUUGCUCAGCAGGCUUGAGGAGCCUUUCAGGAAAGGUGCUUCUGCCGUCCACUGUCACAGCAGCCCACUGGGCCCUGGUCCUCAGGACUAGAGGAGCCUAGGAGGG